UUGAAUCUUCAUUUGUGUGACGGAACGACUGGAGUUAUUGAUGUGAGUGAUAAGCCAAAUAGUUCAUUAUUAUUUAAAUUACGUUUAGUUAAUUAAUUGCUUAGAAUGCCAAUAUUUUUAUGAUUUUCACAAUUGUCUGCUGCCUGCGCAGGUUAUUAAACUGUAAAAUCUAAUUAUCAUAAACUCUUUUACUAUGGAUCAGACUACUGCUAUUCAGGGACUUCUUUGCCCCGGCGAUAAAGUUGCAUUAUGCAUUGAAGCGGGCUUAGUGCAAGAUUGGGUUAAAUCGAAUCGAGUUUUAGCUCUUGUGGAACAUGCUAUGAAUGAACAUGCCAUUUUUAUUUUAGUACAAACACGAACUCCUACAUCAAAUCCAGGUUAUUUAACUAUAGAAAAGGCACUACCCAUUAAUGAUAGUUUUAGAUGUGAUAUCGAAACUUCCGGCAGUGAUUCCAAGACUGACGAAAAUGUAUAUCUUAAAAUCACAGGCGGGAAGCAUAAAUUACUCUUCGAACUUCCUUACAAUGCUAAAACUAGGAAUUUUGCCACACAGAUUUCUAAAGCAUCUGAAACAUUUUUUCUGAAAAUUGGAAGUCAGUCAGAUUUUCAAUGGCUUGCAAAGUAUCAACCUAUUCCUGUUAUUAAAGAAUCAACUUUUUUCAUCGAUGAAGUUGAAAGUAUGAAUACAUUAUCUCUUGACUCUCAGUCUGUCAGUUCUAUGAACUGCGAUGAUUCUUUCACUGAUUAUGAGUCUACUUUUUACCCACAAUUAUUGCAAGCCAGCAGUGAAACGGACUUAACCAAAGGUCAGUUGCAGUCUCCCGAAUUUGGAAACUUACCGAGACAAAGUAUAGCAACAGGAGUAACACCGCUUGCUGCUAGAGAAAGUGUUGUUCGAUUACAGAUGACCAUGAGAGAAGAUGAUUAUGUUUAUUUGCAAACCUAUACAGUUUUUAUGGGAACUUGGAAUGUGAAUGGACUUUCACCAAAAGAAUGUUUAAAAGAUUGGCUAGCUGUUGAUCCCGAGCCUCCAGAUUUUUAUGUCGUUGGGUUUCAAGAAUUAGAUUUAAGCAAGGAAGCUUAUGUUUUUACAGACACACCUAAAGAGGAUGAGUGGUUGGAAGCUGUCAAAGGUGGACUGAGCACUAAGGCAAAUUAUAAAUUGGUUAAACUUAUACGUCUAGUAGGGAUAAUGAUGAUUGUUUUUAUCAAAGAAGAAUUAUAUGAGCAUGUUAGAAAUAUUGCUGCUGAAACUGUUGGUACUGGAAUAAUGGGAAAAUUAGGUAAUAAAGGCGGAGUUGCUGUGAGACUUGAUUUUCAUCGCACACCAAUAUGUUUUGUAAAUUGCCACUUAGCAGCUCAUAUGGAAGAAUGUGAACGAAGGAAUCAGGAUUAUAGUGAUAUAUGUGCCCGAAUGGCUUUCUCCCAAUUUAAACCUCCCAAGUUCAUUAAAGAUCAUGAUCACAUUUAUUGGAUGGGAGAUAUGAACUACAGAAUUAUGGAUUUAGAUACAGAGCAAGUCAAAGCUCUAUGCGAGAAAAAAUGUUAUUCAGUAUUGCUUGAGCAUGAUCAAUUAAUUAUCCAAAAUAAGCUUAAAAGAGUAUUUGUAGGAUUUAAUGAAGGUUUGAUUACUUUUGCUCCUACUUACAAGUAUGAUACUGAUACUAAUAAUUGGGAUUCAAGUGAGAAAAAUCGACCACCUGCCUGGUGUGAUCGUGUGUUAUGGAAAGGAAACAAUAUAAAACAGCUGGCAUAUAGGAGUCAUCCUACUUUGCUACAUAGUGAUCAUAAGCCGGUCAGUUCUCUGUUUGAAUCGCAGGUUAAAGUUAUUGAUGUUACCAAAUAUAGAAAGAUAUACGAAGAAGUCAUGAAAAAACUUGAUAAGCUGGAGAAUGAAUUCUUACCCCAAGUUACGUUAGACAAAUUGGAAGUGAAUUUUGGUGAGGUUCAUUUCAUUGAAUCUAAAGUACAAAUUAUAACAAUUGCUAAUACUGGUCAAGUUCCCGUUCAGUUUGAGUUUAAGAAAAAGCUUAAUGAUACUAGAUACUGCAAAGAUUGGCUAAGCAUAAAACCAUACAUGUCAUUUUUGAAACCAGGAGAAAAAUGUGACGUUGAAUUGGAAGUAUACGUUGAUAAAAGAAUUGCUUACAAACUGAAUGCUGGAAAGGAUAAAAUCUAUGAUAUAUUAGUUUUGCAUUUGGAAGGUGGUAAAGAUUUAUUUAUUACUGUCAGUGGAAAUUACAUACCAGGUUGUUUUGGAGCUUCCUUGGAAGCUUUGGUUAGGAUAAUGGUGCCUUUGUCUGAAGUGCCACCCGAAGAUUUAUAUGAGCUAGAAAGUAGUGUAAUUACUAACCAGAAACUCAGACCUCAAAGCUUUGAUAUACCUAAAGAAAUCUGGGUUUUAAUUGAUCACUUGUAUAAGUUUGGACUGACUCAAGAAGAGUUGUUUCUUCAUCCUGGCCUUCGAUAUGAAAUUCAAAAAAUCAGAGAUAAGCUUGAUACUGGAAAUUACGAGUUGAGCAAUUGUUCUGUGCACUCGGUAGCUGAGACAUUUCUUCUUUUCCUAGAAGCUUUGGCUGAACCUGUUAUCCCUUAUGAGUUUUAUUACAAGUCACUGGAUUGUUCAAAUAACUUCAUAAGUUGCAGAAAUGUUGUAAAUGAAAUUCCACGUGUGCAUCGAAAUGUCUUCAGAUACUUAAUUUCAUUUCUGCGUGAAGUUUUAAAUCACUCAACUAUGAACAGACUUGAUGGCAAGCUUCUUGCCACAAUAUUUGGUGGCAUUCUCUUGCGAGAACCAAUGAAUGAUACUCGUUCAUCUUACAAGAAAAUCAAUCAACAAGCAACCGAAAGAAAAAAGGCUACCUUUAUAUUUCAUUUCCUCAUGAAUGAUUUAGAAGAUAUAUAAGUAUAUGAGUCCCUUAGUGUUUAUCAAAUAGAUUGAGAAUAGAUCAAAGAUUUGUUUGGAAGAUUGCCUUGUAAAGUGUUAUUUGGGGACCAUUAUGAAGAAAAGUUUUUAUGCUUUAUUUUAGCCUUAACUUAAAUGAGUUUAGAAAAAGUUAAACAAGGACUGUUAUGUUAGUACUUAAUAUAUCAGAUGUAAUGAUAUUAAUUUGUUGCUCAGUACUUUAGUAUUUUUAUCUACAUGAAGUGACUAUGUGCUAUAAUAUAUAAACAAAUUACAAGCAAAUAUACAUGCUUUGUAGAAAGAUUUUAUGAGAAACUAGAACUACUCUUUAAAAAUGUACAAUCAUUUAAUGUUAAGCCUUUCAUGUUAAUAUUGCAUAAUUUCCUUGUUAAC